AUGCCUCCCUUCAUACCGAGAAAGAGGUCGUCCGUAUCGCCACCCACUGCCUCUCAACCGGCACCUACGAAGCGGGCAAAACUCGCAGAUGUGCUAGAUGCAGAGGCGAGGAAUGUACCGGGUCUUGAAAGGAAGGAGACCUUCUCUAUCGGAGGAAGCGACGAUUCCGAUUCCGCUCUGAGCGAUGUCGACAGCGAUCAAUUCGAGGAGGUCCCCUACGAAAGCAAGCGGUCCUCUGCUCCUGUUCAAAAGCACGAGGAUGACGAAGAGGAAGACAUAGAGUGGGAAGACGCUGCCAAUCACAAACGGGAGGACGAGAAUCUACCAGACUACAAGCCGCAGUCGGAUGGCCCAAUCGAGAUUACGUUGCGCAAGCGGGACGAUGACGGAGAGAACUGGCUUGAGCAGGCAGCGGCCAACAUGAAGAAGGGUCCUUCGAAACGGGACAAGCAAGUUAGGAUUUGCACUCAUCAGCUACACGUACAGUUCCUGCUCUGGCAUAACGCCAUUCGGAAUAGGUGGGUAUCAGACAGGGAAGUGCAGCAGAUUCUUGUCCAAAGCUUACCAUCUCCAAUCAAGAAAGAAGUCGACAAAUGGAAGAGACGCAGCGGACUGGCAUUGGCAGAGGAGUCUAAAGUAAAAGCGAACGCAGCCAAAAGUAAGGGUCGAGGGAAGCAAGUGGCGGCUGACCUUUGUCGUGAGCGAGAAUGGGGCAGACCGAGCCAGCGCCUCGAACAGGGACAACCAGACAUGAGCAAUGGCGAUCCUCUGAUAUUGCUGUUGAAAGUGUUAGCCGCUUACUGGAAGAAGAACUUUUCAAUUACAGCCCCAGGCCUGCGGAAAGGCGGUUAUGGCACUAUACGAGAACGUAAACAGAUUGUUCAAUCCCUACAGAACGACGAAUAUGACCCCGAACGUCACGGCGAACGGAUUAUGCAUGUUCACGAAUUCCGUGAGCUUGCCGGGAAGCUCGAAGGCUCGAGGGACGUCGGCGCACAGCUGUUUACAGCGCUUCUCAGAGGUCUGGGCAUCGAAGCGAGGCUGGUGGCGAGUCUGCAACCCUGCGGCUAUGGCUGGACAAAGGCCGAACAGAGGCUGCCAAGGAAACCCGCUCAAGCAGUUGCUGCCGAUACAUCAUCAGAGGAGUCCGAUUCGGCUGAUGUCAGGUCUAUAUCGGAGAUCACGACAAGCAGAGGACAUCCAAAGAACAGGGGCAACACUACCACCACUAGAAUAGCCGCUGAGUCGGACGAAGACGACGAAUCCAUCAUUGACGUGACUCCGUCUCGGAAAAAGAAGCAUUCUCAGAAAUACGAUCGCGAUCACCCGUUCCCUAUCUACUGGACUGAAGCCAUUUCUCCUGUUACAAACAAAGUCUUCCCCGUUUCGCCCCUCGUCCUCAGUACUCCGGUAGCCACAACGCCAGACACCCUUGGAGCGUUUGAACCCCGUGGUAUCAAGGCGGAAAAGACAAAGACAGUUAUGGCCUAUGUAAUCGCAUACUCCUCUGAUGGGACAGCUAAAGAUGUAACAGUACGAUAUCUCAAAAAGCACAUCUGGCCUGGCAAAACUAAAGGCUUCCGCUAUCCAAUUGAAAAGAUUCCAAUCUACAACAAACACGGCAAAGUAAAGCGAUACGAAGACUACGACUGGUUCAAACGUCUCAUGAGCUUCUAUGCCCGGCCCGACUUACUAAGAACCCCUGUCGAUGAUAUAGAGGACGCGACCGACCUGGCUCCCCAACGAAACGAGCAGAAAGACGUGAGCCAUAGUGUUGACACGCUCCAAUCACUCAAAUCCUCGGCCGACUUCGUCCUCGAACGCUUCCUCCGCCGUGAAGAGGCUCUCCGCACAAACGCCACACCCGUACGUACGUUCAUCUCCGGAAAAGGCGACAAACUGAAGCACGAGCCUGUUUACCGCCGCGCAGACGUGGAACGCUGCUUGACUGCCGAGUCAUGGCACAAAGAAGGUCGGCGCCCUAAGAACGGAGAAGCACCGUUGAAACUCGUGCCUGUCCGCGCGGUGACGAUAACUCGAAAACGCGAAGCCGAAGAACAUGAGCGUGUGACGGGUGAAAAACAGAUGCAGGGGCUUUAUAGCUGGGAUCAGACCGAGUAUAUCGUCCCGCCACCGAUUGUCGACGGUAAAAUCCCCAAGAACGCCUAUGGCAAUAUCGACUGCUUCGUGCCCAGCAUGGUGCCCAGAGGCGCAGUGCACAUUCCUCUUCGCGGGACCGUGCGCAUCUGCAAGAAGCUCGAGAUCGAUUUCGCCGAGGCCGUCACUGGCUUUGAGUUUGGGAACAAGCGCGCUGUGCCCGUGUGCACAGGUGUGGUCGUGGCGAAAGAGAAUGCACGAGCCGUCACGGAUGCCUGGCACGAGUACAAUGAGGUGCAGAGGGCGAAAGAAGAGAAGAAACUAGAGGCAAUUGUCUUGGACACGUGGAGAAAGUUUGUGAUAGGGCUCAGGAUUAGGGAAAGGGUCAAAGAGACAUACGGAGAGGAUGCCAUCGACGAGUGGAUCACUGGGAGGAGUGCCGGGCAGCCAAUGAUCGUGGAGAGUGACCAUGAAGUUUCUGUGGCACAGCAAGGUGGUGACCCUGCUGAGGACGAUGAUGCUGGAGGAGGGUUCUUUCCCGACUCCGACGAGGAGCAUUCCGGUAGCGAUCUCGAGAUUGGGUAUCAUCCCAAUGACGACCGAGACAUCGAAGCACCACACAUGCUGCAACAUUCUAGCUCGAAGGUGCCAGAACGAGCGGGUGAAGCUCACUAUCCGACUCCACAAUCCGUCUCUCCUCUCGAACCCCCACUCCGUCGGCAGCGACCAGGGCGGUUGCGUCUCGAAGAAGAUGAGGACGAUGAGAUCUCCGAUCUCUCUUCUGCGCCGCUCAGCAGUAUCAAUACUUCCAGAAGCAGCUCCGAGGCAGCCGUAGCCAACAGCGUUGUUGACGAUGGUGAAUCGAGUAGAAGGAUACAAGAUUCGAGCGACAGCGAGAUGAAUGGCGUGAGUGACGAUGACAGCAGUGACGACGAGUCAGAGGGUUAUAAGCCUUCUCGACUCAAAGCUCGCACCAAACCCAAGACUCCUAGGCGUACAGGACGACCCCGUGGCAGUACCCCCAAAUCAACACCUCAAUCCGCAGGGCAACAGAGACUGACACGGACGAGCACAAGAGUCAGGAAGGAACCCAAUGCGUCUGCUUCAACGAGAAAAGAAGCAGACGAUGAAGGUGAAGAUGAAGAAUCACGAACUACAACCAUCUCAAGACGGAGAUCCAAACCAACGUCCAACCGAGCAACGCCGAAGAGGCGCACGUUGAGGAGUAACAGCACUGUUGUGACGAGUCCGUACUUUGACAUUUGA